GCAAAACGCGUAACGUGAGGUGUUAACCAGUAUAUGAUCUAAUAGUGAGUCUCACCAAAAAACCGGUACAACCAACACCACCGGUGCAAAACAAAAACCCCUAAAAUUCCUGAUAUCCAGCAAUGGCGACAUACAAGCUCGCUGUGAUCUUUACAAACCCUACCAAUAGCGACGAAUUCCUUCUCGUCAAGCAACCUUCGCCUCCCAAAUUCGACGACCAAGAGUACGACUCCUAUGUUGACUCCGACCUCUGGGACUUACCGUCAGCAAAACUCCCCUCAAUUUCACCGGAAUCAGAUUCUUCAACUCAAUUUGUUCUUAAAGGAGAGGACACGUGUCCUCAGAACCUCAAUUUGAGGAAAUUUGAUCUUCAUUCAGGUCUUGAAGAGGUUUUGGGACAAGUGGGGUUUGGAUCAGUUAGUGAUGUAGAAUGGAAGUUUUUAAAGUUUGUGGAGGAGCCUAAUUUUGGACCAGGGUUUACUAUUGAGACUGUUUAUGUUAUUGGGGACUUUGUUUCUAAUGUUGAGACUUUGAAAGGCGAUUGUCAGUGGAGUAGCAAGGAAGCCUGCUUCAGUUUGCUACUUCAAGUAAAGCCGGCUGGUGAUCGUGUCGGGCCUUUAGUAGUCAAUGGGCCACUUAAAGACUCAAUGCAAUCUGAUCCGUUGAAAGUGCCUCCAACCUUGCAUUGCCAGGAGUACCCUCCUGGUGUAAACGUUAUACCAAUGGGAAGCAAAACAGCGAAACCUUUCCGUACAACAAAUUUGAUUGUAUUUGCACCUGGGAAUAAUCAUGUUAAGUCGGAAAGUAGUCAUUUUGUUGCUGAGGGGGAUGCAAUGAUAGUAGACCCAGGAUGCCGAUCUGAAUUCAAUGAAGAGCUUGCAGAAAUUGUUGCUGCUUUACCAUGCAAGUUAAUUGUCUUCGUCACUCAUCAUCAUCGUGAUCAUGUUGAUGGUCUUUCCACUGUCCAGAAAAGCAAUCCCGAAGCUUUGCUUUUGGUCCACGAAAAUACCAUGGGUCGCAUUAAAAAGGAUGAUUGGUCUGGUAGUUAUACGACUGUUUCUGGAACGGAAGAGAUUUUCAUUGGUGGGGAGAGAUUGAGAAUCAUUUUUGCUCCAGGACAUACAGAUGGACAUUUAGCAUUGCUUCAUGUUAGCACUAAUUCCUUGAUUGUUGGUGAUCAUUGUGUGGGACAAGGAAGUGCGCUCUUGGAUAUCAAUUCUGGUGGAAAUAUGAGUGACUAUUUCCGAACUACUUACAAAUUUAUGGACCUCUCACCUAAUGCUUUGAUCUCCAUGCAUGGGAGGGUUAAUCUAUGGCCGAAACACAUGCUUUGUGGAUAUCUCAAGAACCGGAGAAAUAGAGAAGACACCAUCUUGAAAGCCAUAGAAGCAGGCUCUAAUACUUUAUUUGACAUUGUUGCGUAUACAUAUGCUGAUGUUGACCGCAGUCUUUGGGUUCAUGCUGCUUCUAAUGUACGGUUGCAUGUUGACCAUCUUGACCAUCAGAAAAAGUUGCCCAAGGACUUCUCUUUAGAACACUUCAACAACAGUUGUUCUCAAUUUACCACCCAAGUGGGUAAAUUAUAAUCCAAUGGAAUGGAAUGACCGCUUUUCAGGGCCUUCUUACCUUAGGAGUUUUCUGUGGCGAAGUUUCAGUCGACUUGCACGGUGCAUUUUCUGUCAAAGUGGAUUUGGACAUACAUUAAAAGUUAUACUAGUGUCCGGGCUGCUAUGUUUCUUGGUGCUGUUACAGCUUCGGGUGUCGCUAUGUUGUAUUAUGUCCACAACAAUCAAAAUUCUGAAUGAAGUUUGAGGCUACUUAUCAAUUAAGAUUAUAAUAUGGUUAUUGUUUGUAUAGAUUAAUAAAAAAGAAAUAUAAAUAUUAAUAAUA